AUGGCCGAAGAUGGCAUGUUGAUGAACUUCUUCAUAGGAGAAGACUCAUUAGGAACAAAAGCCGUUUUCAAAGGCGGCCGCUGGAGAGACAGACUGCAAGCAAAGAAAAGCUCACAGCGCCGACGGGAGAAGAAUCAAACGAACGGGACACUUACAGGAAGCAAUACCGUCGCGGUCCCUACAAAGACCAGGGAACCUAGUCUAGAAGAGGAUAAUCCAAGGUCUGCCAAGAGACAGAAGAUCAGUGGUGCGCAGUCUGCUCAAUCUAGGAACAAUCAUGCCAAGUCGAAAUCGCAUGAAGUUGUCUCCUCCCUCUUCACCUACAACCCUGCCACCAAAUCAUCAGCAUCGAAGGCAAAACAAGCGGAAGAAGCUCCAGCUCCGUUACCCUCCAACGCUCCUCUCGAUGCCAGCCUCUCCACUUUUACCUCUCUCGGCCUCUCCCCGUUCCUCUCCACCCAUCUAAUCCAAAAUCUCAAUCUCACCGCCCCAACCGCAAUUCAGAAAGCAACCAUAACGCAGCUACUCCGUGAAGAUAGCGAUGCCUUUAUACAAGCUGAGACUGGAUCUGGGAAGACGCUGGCGUACCUUCUCCCAAUAUUGCAGCGGAUAAUGGCCCUGUCCAGUGCGGCGCCCUUCACCCCGACUGGAGACACAGACUCAGCGGAGAAGGAAAGGAAAGAUGAGAAGAAGAUCAACCGCACAUCCGGUCUCUUCGCCCUCAUCCUCGCCCCAACCCGUGAACUCACGCACCAGAUCUCAGCCGUGCUCACCCGCCUCCUGCGUCCCAUGCCCUGGCUUGUCGCUGGCACUGUCACAGGGGGCGCCGUCAAGAAUCACGAAAAGGCGCGAUUACGAAAAGGUCUCAACAUACUUGUCGCGACUCCUGGUAGACUGAUGGAUCAUUUGGACAACACAGAGGUCCUGGAUGUAGGAAAUGUGCGGUGGCUAGUGCUGGACGAGGGGGAUCGACUCAUGGAAUUAGGAUUCGAGGAGGACAUCAAAGGCAUUGUCCAAAAAUUGGAGAAGCGGAAAGACGAGAAAAGGGGGGAAUGGAGAUUGAGAAAAAGGGUGGAGGGACUGCCGGAAAAGAGGACCACCGUUAUGUGUAGCGCAACAAUGAAGAUGGGAGUGCAAAAACUGGGGGAGAUAAGCUUGAAAGAUGCGGUGCAUAUCAAAGCUGAUCCUGGAUUGUCCACCGACUCAGAGAGCGCUACGGCAAGUAAGCAAGAGGACAAACAGACGGCUUUUCUAGCGCCAGCGCAGCUGAAGCAGUCCUAUAUCGUGGUACCUCCCAAGCAACGCCUUGUAACACUCGCGGCGCUACUCAAGCGGACUUUUGCAAGGAAAGGUUCAGUAAUGAAAGCGAUAGUCUUUCUAUCCUGCGCCGACAGUGUGGAUUUCCAUUUCCAAGCCUUCUCACGAAAAGAGGCCCAACCGCCAAGAGAAACCACGUCCUCUGAUCAAAACACCAGGAGUAACAAAACACGCAAAACACCCGGGACUCAGGAUGCUUCGACCCCAGCGGAGAUGCCAGAAACAAGUCGAAAAAGUGAGAAGCCAGAAUUUCCCACGGUUGCGCCCGCGUUCAGCUUGGCUUCACCUUCAAAUCCGGGUCUAACGCUCUAUGAACUCCAUGGCUCUCUAGCCCAACCUCUACGAACAGCCACCCUCCAAUCGUUCACGCGUUCGUCUAAUCCCUGUAUCCUCCUCUGCACAGAUGUUGCCUCCCGUGGUCUAGACCUGCCGAACAUCGACCUGGUAAUCGAAUACGACCCACCCUUUUCUGCAGACGACCAUCUGCAUCGUGUGGGGCGAACCGCAAGGGCUGGCAAAGAGGGUAGAGCGUGUUGUUUCUUGAUGCCCGGGCCGGAAGAAGGCUAUGUGGAAGUACUGAAGGAGGGUGCAGGUGAAAGUGCCAUCAAGGGAGAGGGAGCGGAAGACGUCCUGCGCAAGGGAUUUGGAAAACAGAUUGCAAGCGCCAAAAACAAACUGGACGGUACCGCCACCACUGGAGGGAAAUGGGACGAUGAAGCGACAGAAUGGCAACUUGAGCUCGAGCGCUGGGUCAUUGAGGAUAAGCGAGCGGGGGAGAUGGCGCGGAAGGCGUACGUGAGCCAUGUUAGGGCGUAUGCCACGCAUGUUGCCAAGGAGAGGGGCAUGUUCGAUGUGAAGGGGUUGCAUUUGGGACACCUAGCCAAGGCGUUCGCACUGAGGGAGAGGCCGGGCAAUAUGGGUCGAGGGAACACCGUCGGAGGCGGAAACCCGACGAAACGGGAGAAGAGGCGGCCCGGUGAUGGUGGUGGCGCCGGUGGUGACGAAAAUGCGCUCGAAGAUGAAGGAGCAUAUGGCCGGUGCCAGCGAAUUUAA